CAACGCAAGUGCCAGGUUUGUUUUGGUUUUUUUCAACAAUGACAGCAUGUUUGGAAGAGGAAUGAUGAAAAAAUCAGUAAGAAACUCUGAAGUUUUGUCUACAUUUUAAUUGCAAGCAAUGUCUCAUUCUAAGUUAUCAUUUUUCAAAAGCAAAUUUUAGACCCUAAAUUUUUAGCCAUGCAUUUUUUAACACUUGUUCAUAUUAUGGUGCUAAACAACGUACGGUACAUUUGUAAAAAGUGUGGAAUUCAGAGAUUGAAAAUAAAGAUAUCACAUUAUCUGGGCCCAAAUAAUAGACUUCUGAACCAAUCAGCUCUUCUCAGUCGCUUUGACAUUGAUGAAAUCAGUCGAGGCGAUGGUGGCCUGGAUGCAAUCGGAAUCUCAUUUGAUCAAUUAGAUCUACAAAGUUGUACAGUGGAAUAUACUGUGUUCUAUCAGCCUUCUCAUAUUCACGAGCUUCCGACGGUUGUGGCAUUUUUGGAUAAUUCCUUGCUUCACUUUCUAAGGCUGAACAGACCUGACUAAGCCUUUUUAACCCGGUUUCUGUUCAUGUGGAAAAUCAUCCGCUAUCGGUGGCAAGCUUGCGAAAUGCUGCUGAUUUUCUGGUUAUCAUGCUCAUGUCGAUCGGCCUACUGGUUAUUCCACCUGUACUUGGUGCUCAGGUGGUGGUUGACAACAGUUGGGACUUCUUAGUCUGUUUCUAGUGAGCGGCAUGAAAAGCUUUGCUUACUGGUUCGCGACGGUGGUGUCAGAUUUAAGUCUGUACUAUAUAUCUUCAUUCCUCGUUCUUGGUAUUGGGAUGGCUUUUGGGCACGCUCCGUUCUAUAAGGAUGCAAACCUGGCUAUCUUCUUCCUUUUUUUGACUACCAUGCCAGCUUUAGCAUUACUGAGUUACGUACUCAGCUUUUUCUUCCUCACUGCCCAAGGUUAGAGAUUCAUGAGAUAGAACGGAGGCAAAACCUAUGCAACCACCAGCCGCAGAUACUACUGCUGAAGGCACUGAAGAUAGUUUCCAAGAUGUUGAGAGCAUCAAUGAGCUGUAUCGCGAGAAGGAGCGCGUUCUAUCAAAUGUAGAGCGUUGGGAGGCUAUGGGUUUGAUGGGCUGAUAUAACCCAGAAGGGGAUCAUAUCCUUUGCCAGAACAUGGGAAAGGAUUAGCGCUUUCGAUCUGCAUACAACGAAACCAGAGGUGUGGCCGUUUCCUGAUACUUCGCAAGUUCUUGCUCGAUCCAGUCAGGCCGAGCAAACAGCCGAAGUUUUUGAACAUUGACUGCGCUUCAGUGGUCAAUAUCCAUGUAUCUGUCUAAUAAAUGUUCGCCCAACUGCAAAUCAUUUUUCUACCGUCUUCUUCACCACAUGGAUGAUCGAUUGACCAGAUAUGACCACUUGAUUCUCAAAGCACGCACCUUCGUUACUGGACGUGGAACCUCAUGGCCUUCCCAGGAAUGAGUGCGAAAAGUCCAGUUUGGCCUUAUCUUAACCUUGGAAAUUUUACUAACCGAGUGGGCGACUGUAAGCUUGACCAAAAAAACUGAACUGGCAAUUGUCCCAGAUCAUCGCAGUCAAGUCACGUGGUGUACUAGUAAAAGAAAUCACGUCUUUAUAUACUAUCAAUUACUACGUUUAAAGAGUACUUCAUCUAUGCAUUCAGUACUGCACUACAUCAGAUCUUUGACAGUGAGUACUUGGAGAGCGGAGAUUGACUGUCUAGUAUCCGAAAUGAAUUCGUAUUACUCACUCAUACACCCCUCGGUGCUACGCAAGUACCAGGAUUGUUUUGGAUUUUCUUCAAC